UUCUGUUGAAUGGCAGCACAACUGUAUUGGCUGGCAAGCGAAGCAAAGUUUGGAUUUUCGACAGGAAUCUCCUUACUUUUUGUGCCAAAAUGGCUGAAAGCGGAGAAAGUGCCAUCAUAGAAGCUAACAACCCUGGUGUCAAGGAAGUUGUCAAGAAUUGGUCUGUAUAUGAAGAUGGAGCGCUAGCAUAUCAAUUGCAGGAGGAAGAAAACGUGAACCACUAUACUGGGAAUAUCUCCAGGAGAAGAACAGUGCGAGGAGAUCGAGAGGUUGCCAAAGAUGUUGCCAAGGAAACAGCGCUCGAAGCAUUCAGGGAGGAGCAUGAGAUCGCGGAGAGGAAUCGGAAAUUGGAGGAGGAGGAUAGAGAGAGGGCCAGACUACUCCAGAUACAGAUGAUAAAAGAAGAGCAAGAAAAAGCUUUGCAAGCACAAGAAUCAGAUGAGAUGCUUGCCAAGAGAAUGCAGAUGGAAGAGAAGAGGAGAAUUGAAGCUGCCAGGAAGAAGAGGAUGGAGGCGGACCAAAUGGCGAGAGACGCUCAGCUUGCUCGACGGUUAUCGCAACAGGAAAAUGGGCUUCAUCGACCGCCCCAUUCUGGAAAGCACAGAACAAAAACAGAUUACGCGGAGGUGGAAGAUUCGAUGGGAGCGAUGAAACUAGACGACUCGCAUCACACGAACCAUGCCCAUACCCACCCUCAUUCCCGCUCACAAUCCCGGUCACAUUCCCAUGCCCAUUCCCGAUCAUCGUCCUCCGCAUCGGCGGGGGGAGACCAACCUCUUGUCGUUGCCAUGGAUACCAGAGAUGCUGACAGCGAUGAGGAGUCAGAUGCCCUUGCAAAGAUCACGCAUGAUGAGCAACUUGCAAGGCGGAUUCAACGUGAGGAGACUCAGAAAUCUAGGCCGAGGACGCUGUCCGAAGAACAACAGAAACAGUUACUGCAUGAUGAGAAAAUCGCCAGGAAAAUGCAGCACGAAGAAGUGAUGUUGGCCAAAAAGAAAACAUACAACAAAUACAAGCAGAGAGUCAGCGAUGAGAUUGCAGAUCCAGCUCCAAUGGUGCAUGUGAACAAGGAAAGUAAAGUUCCUGUAUUAGCGGAUGCAAAAGAAGGACAAGGAGUUACACUGACUGAGGUUAAUUCAAGAUCGAGUGGGAAGGAUGCACAACCAACCAACAGGCCACAUAACGGAAACAUCCUGGCAUCGAUAGACCCAACAUACAACCCUGGGGCACACACCAAUGUAGUACUUACAAAGAAAACACCUAUCAAUACCACACAUUCACCAGAGCCCAUUCCAGAGCAUAUCAAUGGCGCCCCACCCCCAGACUUUGAGGCUGUCCAAGGUACCAAGAGGUCGACCGGCAAGGAAAAGAAAAAAGGUUCCAUUUUCUCAAGGAAGAGUAAAAAGAAAUAAAAAAAUCUGCCCUCACCAGUGCUGUCUGGGUUAGCUUUAGUGAAUGUAGGGCCAAGGACAAUUUCUGGAGCUCAUGAAGACAUUUGAAAGUCAGGACCCAUCUGUGGUUUUUCUGAUU